AUGGAUGAGAAAUCCGCGAUGUUUGCAGUUGAAGGCGAAGGAUGUGAAGAAGAUGUUCUGAAGUGGUACUACCAUGGAGGUUCGGGUCGACCGAAGAACUCGGGUGAACUUACCUUGAAAGUAAGAUCAUAUCUUUCGUCUAAGGGAUGGGUUUUCCGGUAUGCCCUCAAAGACGGUAAACAACUUCGAUAUCAAUCGCCCCAUGGACAAGUUUACAACUCAUUGAGACUCGCUUGCAAAAGUUAUAUCGAUCAAGGGUCGAGAGAGCCAAGGAUGGGAAGCUUGGAGCCCAAGCAAUCUAAGAAACGAAAGUGUUCGAGCCCGGAGAAUCAGCCAUUGCCGGAAUCUGUUCAAUCCGAGUUGCGGAAAAGAGGAAAAACACUGAAGAUAAAAGAGGCUCCGAUUGUAAAAUCUAGUAAAAGAGUGCGGGAGGGUCCAGUUCCUAGGCGUAGCCCUCGAACUGUUCUGCCUUUGUUGAUAGAUAAUAAUGUUGUUCCGAUGUUGGGAAAGGUGUAUUAUCGCACUAAGACAGGGGAUCCGUUGAUGAAAGGCCGGAUCACUCGUGAUGGGAUUCGAUGCGACUGUUGUUCAAAGGUUUUCUCUCUCACUGCCUUUGAAGAUCAUGCUGGAAGUACGAAUCACAGGCCAGCGGCUAACAUAAUCUUGGACGAUGGCACCGGCAGGUCACUUUCUGAUUGUCAAAGACAAGUUUGUGAUCCAAAGAAGAGCACAACUACCGCACCAAGAACUCGUCCUAUUGUAGAGAGCCCUAAAACAGUGAAGGCCGCUGACGAUUUAUUUCGAAACGAGAACGAUGAAGUUUGCUCUGCUUGCUACAAUGGAGGAGAUUUGAUUUGCUGUGAUUACUGCCCUUCAACUUUCCAUAUGAAAUGCCUUGGCUUAAAGGAAGUCCCCAAUGGCCCCUGGUUUUGCCCGUCUUGCUGCUGUGGAAUAUGUGGCAUCGGAUAUUCAAGGGACAAAAAUUUAGUUACUUGUCACCAAUGUGAGCUUAAAUUCCAUGUUGAUUGCUUGGAGUUGAAGAAACCAAGCGAGAAGAAGACAAAGGAGAACGUGGUAUUACUAUGUAGCCAGAACUGUGAAAAGAUCUUCUAUGGCCUGCAAAAACUUACAGGGAAGCCAAUUCCAGUGGGGAACGAUCUGUCUUGGACAUUGCUGAAAUCCGAUUAUCGAGCUCAUGGGCAUAGCAUGAAGUCAUCUCAGAGUAAGUUGAGAGGUGCAGUUGAAGUGAUGCAUGAAUGUUUCGAGCCAAGCGAAGCUGUAGGGACGGGGAGAGACGUAGUUGAAGAAGUGAUAUUCGGCCGACCCUCUAAGCUGAAACGAUUGAACUUCAGAGGAUUCUAUACAAUGAUUCUGGAGGACAAUGAUGAUUUGGUUUCAGUGGCCACUCUGAGGGUACAUGGUAACAAGGUGGCUGAAAUGCCCCUUGUUGCCACCAGGUUCGGACACCGCCGCCGUGGAAUGUGCCGAGUUUUGAUGGAUGAACUUGAGAAGAAUCUGGUGAAAUUAGGGGUGGAGAUGCUGGUUUUACCUGCAGUGCCUACCACAUUCGAGACGUGGACUAAUAACUUCGGGUUUUCGCUCAUGCCAUGUGUCGAAAGAGCAAAGCUUCUUCCGUAUAAUUUACUAGACUUCCAGGGCACCAUAAUUUGCCAGAAACUCUUGAGAUAG